AAAACGCCCUCACUAUUAUUUGCUAUCCUCUUUUUGAAAAUUGUGAACUCAUCCAUUGGAAAAAUCUACAUUUUCAUAGAGUAACGGAUUCAUUGAUUUUCAAUGGAAGCUGUACCAUCAAGUAUUGCGGGCGCAAUGCUCUCCUCUCUGUUUGACUAUAUAUUUGAAAGAUUAUUUGCCUCCUCAGAGUUUCUCAACUUUGCCCGACUCAACAAGUGGAAGAACCUGUUACCAAAGAUCAGAGCCAUUCUCGAUGACGCAGAGGAUAAGCAAACGGUCAGUCGAGCGGUGAAGCUCUGGCUCAGCGAUUUAAAAGACAUAGCAUAUGAUGCUGAAGAUAUCAUUGAUGAAAUUGCCACCAAUGCCCUGCGUCGGAGAAUACUGGGGGAGACUCAGAUGACGGGCAUCGGUAGUAAGGUAUGCCGAUUUUUCCCAAAUUGUUUCACCGGUUUGAAUUUAAGUAGUGUUAAGUUUAGUGCACGGAUGGGUUCUAAAAUAGAAGAUAUCACUGUUAGAUUUGAAGGUAUGGUUGAGAUAAUGAAUGCUUUGAAUUUUUUCGUGAGAAGUGGUGAAGGGAGAUUGGAGAGAGUAAGGUAUGGGCUGCGUUCGACGAGUUCUCUCGUUGAUGAAUCUCGGGUUUAUGGCCUGGGAAUGGAUAAAGAUGAGAUUUUUCAACGGUUGAUGUAUGUUGAAAUUGGUGAAAUUGGUGUGGUUUGUGUUGUGGGAAUGGGGGGAAUGGGUAAAACCACGCUUGCUCAGUUAGUAUACAAUGAUGAGAAAGUUGAAAACUUGUUUGAAUUGAGAGUUUGGGUUUGUGUCUCUGAGGACUUUGAUGUUGUUAGGGUGACUAAGAUUCUAUUGCAGUCUGUCACUAAGGAGGGUUGUCGCCAUUCCCAGGGCGAUCUAAAUUCACUUCAACUGCAGCUAAGGGAUGUGCUUUCUGGAAAGAAGUUUUUGAUUGUUUUAGAUGAUGUUUGGAAUGAGAACUAUGAAAGGUGGGAUGUUCUGCUUAGGCCCUUGCUGGCAGGAGCAGCUGGUAGCAAAGUACUUGUAACGACUCGGAGUGAAGGGGUUGCAUUUAUCAUGAGCAAAUGUGGGGGAUACCAUUUGCAGGCCUUGUCUGAUGAUGAUUGCCUUUCUAUUUUUGCCUCACAUGCUCUUGGAGCUAGUAAUUUUGAUGGACACCCAACUCUAAAAGGAGUUGGUGAGGAGAUAGUGAAGAAGUGCAAAGGAUUACCAUUAGCAGCCAAGAUUCUAGGUGGGCUCCUGCGUGGUAAAGUAAAUGAUGAUGAGUGGAAAAAUAUGCUAAGGAGAAAAAUAUGGGACUUACUAGAAGAGAGAGGUGGCAUCAUUCCUGCACUGAAGUUGAGUUACCAUCAUCUUCCCUCCCAUUUGAAGCGAUGCUUUGCCUAUUGUGCUAUUCUCCCUAAAGGCUACGAAUUUGACAAGAAUGAGCUGGUUCUACUAUGGAUGGCCGAGGGUUUGAUAGGACAAGCCCCGGAGGAAAAGCAAGUGUGGGACAAAGGUCUUGCAUAUUUUCAUGAUUUGCUUUCAAGGUGUUUUUUCCAACGAUCAAAUAGCAACAAAACAUUGUUUGUUAUGCAUGACCUUAUAAAUGAUCUAGCUCAAUCUGUUGCUGGGGAAAUAUGCUUUCAUUUUGAGGAUAACUCUGGAGAUAAACUGCCUGCAAGUAUUAAAAAGCUUCGUCAUUUGUCAUUCACUCGCUGCCAAUAUGACAUUUUCAGAAGAUUUGAAGUGUUUGAUCGAGCGAAGUCUUUACGGACUUUCAUAGCUUUACCAAUUGAUACAUCAUCUUCAACAGCAAGCUGUUACUUGAGCAAGGAUGUGUUGCAGGAGUUGGUGGCAGAAUUAAGAUACUUAAGAGUGCUAUGUUUGAAUGGCUACCGUAUCAACAAACUACCAAAUUCUAUUGGUCAUUUGGAGCACUUGAGUGAGGAUGCCACUGCAUAUUGGUAAUUUGAAAAACCUUCAAAUUUUGUCCAAAUUCAUUGUGGGAAAGGACAACCAGUUUGGCAUUAAAGAAUUGAAGGACUU